UAGUUUUUAUUCGCAGCGAGUAGCUACGGCCGCGUCGCGUGGCUUGCGCUUAAAAUCAUGUUUAUAUACAUGAUAAUACUUUUAUUUAUUUGUGUUUUUCUAUUAUACGCCACACGAAAUCACCGUUACUGGAGUCAGCGAAACGUCAAACAUGACACCCCAGUGCCUUUAUUCGGGAACCACUUCAAAAAUUUAUUCGGAAUCAAAAGUAUAACGCAAGUUGCAAAUGAUUUAUAUUAUAAGUAUCCAGAGGAGAAAGUUGUUGGCUAUUAUCAAGGACGAACACCUGAGUUGCUCAUUCGAGAUCUAGACAUUGCUAGACAUAUUCUCAACGUGGACUUUGGACAUUUCUACAUGCGUGGUCUGGGAAGAGAUGGCGAUAUCGAAACAUUGCUAAAAAGUUUAUUCCAUGCGGAGGGUGAUCUAUGGAAACUUUUGAGACAAAGGCUAACUCCGGCAUUUACAACAGCUAAACUGAAAUCGAUGUUUCCAUUAAUUAUUAACUGUGCAGAAAAGUUACAUUUGGCAGGUGAUAAUAUUGUGAAAUCUGGUGGUGAGUGUGAUAUAAGAGAAUUUAUGGCACGAUUCACAACUGAAUUUAUAGGCGCGUGUGGUUUUGGGAUCGAAAUGGAUAGCAUUAAUAAUGAAAAUUCAACCUUUAGAGCAUUAGGGGCUAAAAUGUUUUCGAGAUCUUUUCGUGAUAUGUUUUUGUUGGGCUUAUGGCAAAUUAUACCUGAGAUAAGAAAAAUGUUACACGUAUCAGACAUUAGAAUAAAGACAGCUAUCACGGGUAUUGUGACGACAAUAUUUGAACAGAGGAACUAUAAGUCCAUCGGAAGACACGAUUUUAUUGAUAUGUUACUAGAGCUGGCUGAUAAGGGAGUAAUAACUGGAGAAUCUUUAGAGAAGUUUGAUGAGUAUGGCAAACCAAAACUUGCAGAAGUUAAUAUGGACAUGGAUAUGCUUGUAGCUCAAGUAUUUGUUUUCUUUGCUGCUGGAUUUGAAACAUCGUCAUCAGCUUCUAGUUUCACACUGCACCAACUAGCGCUCAACCCUCAUAUACAAAUCAAAGUUCAAAAAGAAAUAGAUCAGGUUCUUUCAAAAUAUAAUAAUAAGUUAUCCUAUGAUGCGAUAUCUGAGAUGACAUAUUUAGACAUGGCUUUCAAAGAAGGCAUGAGAUUGUUUCCGUCUUUGGGGGUGCUUCACAGAGAAUGCACAAGGAAAUACACAAUACCGCAGUUGGGAAUAACAAUAGACCCUGGAGUGAAAAUAAUGAUUCCAAUCCAAGCCAUCCAGACUGAUGAGAAAUAUUAUGAUAAUCCAAAAGAAUUCAGACCGGAGAGAUUUUUAAGUGAUAAUUUAAAAGAGUCUGUAAAAUACACUUAUUUGCCAUUUGGGGAAGGUCCUAGGGCUUGUAUUGGAGCUCGUCUCGGUCAUAUGCAGUCAUUGGCAGGUUUAGCAGCUGUAUUGCAGAGAUUCACGGUGGAGCCAUCCGCAAAAACUUCAAAAGAAUUGCCUGUCAACCCCUGGAUAAACGUCGUUCAAGCAGUCGAGGGAGGUGUACCUGUUAAACUCAAACUACGUACAAAGUGAACAUGUUUUGAUAAAAUAAAUUAUGUAUUAAUAUGAAAUAAUUUUCAAGUUAAAA